UCAGGAGUUUCACCUGAAGGCACCAUCAGAGUUUUAAACGACAACAAAGCAGUUAACCUUCACUUCAGAUCAGAGCGUGAACUUGAUCAGAGACCUCUACUCAACCAGGUGUGCACGUUCCAGUAGCUAGUAUCUGUGCGCGUGGCCGAGAGACUGCAGACAUGGAUAAAAAAGAUUCGCCAACAAAAUCAAUUUUCAGUAGGCUCGAUCCAGCCAACUGCCAACUGAAACCCCUGUCUGAUUAUUCCAGGAUGAUCACUUGUGAGCAGAAGGCCACUCUCCAUCACCAGAGAAAUUUUUCCAAUCCUUUUAGAAAUUUUAAAAUUGAGAUCGUAAACAAUUGUGUUCAAAAAAGAAAAUUGGAAGAUUCCAAUUCAGAUGAGGGGUAUGAGACUCCAGCAAAAAAGGCUUGUAGUCCAAAGGAUGUGUCCCCAGACCUUGGGUGUUUCAUGGACUACUGCAGCCCUCCUGCACAAGAGGACUCAGUGUCUCCUUUUGCCUUCUCCGUGCCUGCUUUGUUAGAUGAGGCAUCUAUUAGGAGUGAAAUAAAAGGAAGUGUGAGCUCUCAGCUGCACUCGGAGCAUGUGGAAUGUGGGUCCUCAACAGAACCAGGGCUUAAUAAGGAGACUGUACCACACAGUUUGAGGUAUGAGAACGUCCUCUUAAAUCUCGCACCUGCCUUUGACUGUGAUGUUGACAACAUCUUGUGCCUCAAUCCCUUAGACAAAGUAGAGAUCUGCGGAAGUCCAAGUAGCAACACAUUUCAAAACAAUUUGUGUCCUAUUGUAAGUGGGCCAGUGUUGGAGUCUCACAACCCUCCUGUAGAGCACUUAGAAGGUGAUGUUGAAGAGACGUGGACUAUUGGUUCCCCCGUAUUUGAAUCAUCAAUGUUUCAAGUCACUCUUGGUGGAGAAGAAGACACUUUAGACACUUCCUAUGAGUCUACAUUACCCCUUCAAGUAAAGGUCAAAUCAGUUGUGGUAGUGCCCAAUCAGCACACCACCAAAGGUGAAACAGAAGCCCCUCCUCUGCCAGAGAAGACUAAACCCACCGAGCUGAGGCCAGAUGAGAAAAGAGGUUCUGCGACUGUCAUCAGUGUCAGGAGUCAAAGGCCGGUGAUCAAGGACUGUGAGCGUGAGAAGCGGCUCUAUGUCAGUUCUGUCACCAGACACAUGAAGGAGAAUGGAGCAAAUCAAGGGGUCAUGACUGAGCUGCAGAACCUAAUGACGCAUGUGGCUGACCAGACACAAGGCGCUGACGGCAGACAGUGGCAGCAUCCCUCUGAUUUCACUCGCAGGAAUUACCAAGGACGGUUUGGGAAUGGGACGCCAAGAAUGACCCUCAAUCAGUGGCAGUCCAAGAACAUGACGCACAAGCGCUUUGCCAGGGUACGAAAAUGUCCGUUUCCUUAAGAUAAUAAGAAUUCAACAUGCUGGAGUCCGUCCUACUAAUGUUAUACCAGGCACAAUUGGGGCCUCAUAUCGAUGUUUGCACUAUUGUUCUUUCUUAAUUGAAUUUGUGAUGUUUGUUUUCUUGUUUUGUUUUCUUUCAACUAUGCAUGUCCCCGUAUAAGUAAAUUAAUGCAUGUUUUAAGGGGCUUUGAUGUUGUGGAAAUUAUGUAAGGAAUGAGUGUAUUAUGUAUGAUUGUAUGAGUGUUUCAAGCAUGUUAAAUGUGUGGUUUGCAUUUACUGUUAUUUCUCAUUAUUUAUAGCACUUAUGAUGUAAUAUAUUUUAUAUGGAGGCCCCGAUUAAUGCUAUCGGUUAAAACAGUUAAAAGAAAUGUUAAGUAAUUAAAAAGCUGAGAAAAA